AUGUCGGCCAAUCAAAUUGAAUUAAACGGCUGGACUUCUGUCCCUUUGGAUCCAAGCAAGCUCUUUGCUGGCGAGCCAUUCAAGAAUGUCCCAGGACCAAUUCUUGUCGCCGACAUUAAAUUUCCUAAUGACGAUCCUAUCGUCGCCAAAGUCCAGAGCUAUGCCAAGGAAAAGCUGCCCAUCCAAACUUUCAAUCAUAGCAUGAGAGUAUUUUAUUUCGCAAGCGCUAUUGUUAAACAGCAGUUCCCCGAGCAUGCUGAAACAUUCUCUCCUUCAACCCUUGCUCUAGUCUCCCUUCUACACGACAUCGGCACUGCUGAGGAAAACUUGGCAGCUACCAACAUGUCGUUUGAGUUUUAUGGAGGAUUCAAGGCCCUUAACCUUCUUCUAGAGCUUGGGGCCUCCAAGGACCAGGCUGAAGCAAUUGCUGAGACUAUUAUUCGUCACCAAGACCUUGGCACAGUCGGCAACAUCACCUUCAUGGGCCAAGUUAUCCAGCUAGCCACUAUUUACGACAAUGCUAGCAACCACCCAUACGUGAAGAACAUCACGGAAAUUAUUCACACCGACACUCUCAAGGAUGUCGUCAAGGCUUUCCCUCGCCAGCAGUGGCUUGGAUGCUUUGCCCACACCAUUGACCGAGAAGAGUCUCUCAAGCCGUGGUGCCAUAGCACUCACAUUCCUGAUUUCUCUAAGGUGAUUCUCAACAAUACUUUUAUGCAGCAAUAUGAGUAG